AGUGGGAACACAGGAAUUGUGAAAAUCACGAAAAGAGGCGCCCAGCCAAACAUUAUCGAUAUAGACACUUUCCCCUCCACUACCCACCGCCACCCAUCUCUCUCUUUCUCAAGAAAUCUCUCCUGCUUCCAACAUCAUCAUCUCUCUCUCUCUCUCUCUUUCUCUCUCUUCCUCAGUCGGACACACUUUCGCCCCCCUUGAUUUGAAGCUCAACCAACGCCCCUAACAGGAUACUAAAUCUUCUCAUAUAAUUUGCUUUCUGCAAUCUUUCAUCUCAUUCAUGGCUGUUUUAGCAUAUCUGGUGCUUUUUUUGGCUCUCACUGGUCAUUCAAGUGCUACUUAUUGCAUGUGCAAAGAUGGGAUGAAUCAACAAGACCUUCAAAAGGCGUUGGAUUAUGCUUGUGGAGCUGGAGCUGACUGUACUCCGAUCCUUCAAAGCGGUGCCUGUUACCAACCUAACACCGUAAAGAAUCACUGCGACUGGGCUGUGAACAGCUAUUUCCAAAAGAAGGGUCAAGCUCAAGGGAGCUGUGAUUUCUCAGGCACUGCCACCACUUCUAUGACUGCCCCAAGUAAGUCCCCUUGUGCGCGCACCAAACCCCCCCAACCCGCAAUCCUUUGUUUGAUUAAUUUUUUUUUACUAAUUCUGGAUCCUCAUUUCUUUUUUCGGGUGAUUCACAGCUGCGUCUUCUACCUGUGUUUUUCCUUCAAGUUCCAGCCAAGUAGGAACAAACAGUACAACGACGCCAUCAACAACUCCGACAACCACAACUCCAACUCCAAGCACAAGCACGACGCCCACAACCACAACUCCCUCGACCACCACACCCACAACCCCCUCGACCACCACACCCACAACUCCUACGACCACAGGCUUCACCCCUCCCACGGUCUACGGCGCAGGAAUCAGCCCCACAGGGAGUGGCACCACGAGCUACAAUGACAGUGAAGCCGUGCCUCUCAACAGAGGCAUUGCCCUUUUCAUCUUCUCGCUUGCACUGACGUUCUGCUCAGUAUUGCUGGGUGGCUGGAGGUGAAAAAGAGAAGUCACGGGAGGGCAUGAUCUGUGGAUUAGAUUUGUUCACAGCAGCAGGCGAGAUGAGAUUGAUGAUGAAGUGGGUCCUCCUCCUCUCCUAUGUCAAAAAAGCUGGGGAAUUUGAUUCCUUUUUCUGCCGUUGAGGGUGUAGAAGUGCAGAACCUGAUCUCUUCUUUUCACAUUUGCCUUUUUGUAUCUAGAAAGUUGUAGUAUUUAAAAAAAAAAAAUUAUUGGAACUUUAUUUUACCCCGGGGGAAUCUUUGGAUCUACCUAGUUAAUUUCUC